AUGCCUGGCGGCGGUGAAUGUCACGGCCGGUACUUUCGAGGUACCUCCUUCUGGGGCCCUGUCAACGUCAACGUCACCUUGCGUCCGUCUCCAAUGUCCGACCUUUCGCUCCCGCGCCCCCCCGCGGAGGAGGUCAUGGAGCUCUGGGCGACGCCCAUGUGCGACCAUCCUGGAUCCGGCCUUGGUGCUGGACUGGUACCGUACCGUGCUCUGGAUGGCAUGGCAGCAUCCCUCUCACCGUGUCCACGCCAUGUCCCAGCCUUCCCUGUCAAUGUCCAUCAUCCCGGAGCGUUCCCCCAUCGCCAACCUGCCGGCUCCCUGGCUGUGCCAGGCCUCGCAAAUGUAAAGCCUGUUCCCCGGGAGGAUGAUCGCUCGCCGCGUUGUCCGUCAUGCUGA